AUGACUUCAGAGAUCACUUAUGCCGAAGUGAAGUUCAAAACUGAAUCCAAGUCUUCAGGCACCAAAUCAAAGGCUUCUAGAGUUUUCUUUCAAAAAUAUUCUGAUCUCAAAGGAAAAAUGUCUAUGAAAGAAGUCUCUCACAAAAGCUUGGAAUGUACAAAAGAAAAUAUGACCAUGGAAGAGAAAGCUUGGAGCUGCUGCCCAAAAAAUUGGAAGUCAUUUGAUUCAAACUGUUACUUUAUUGCAUCAGAAGUCAAAGACUGGAAGGAGAGUGAGAAGAACUGCUCAGCGAUGCAGACUCACCUGCUGGUUGUCACCUCCAAGGAGGAGCAGGAUUUCAUCAGCUCAGCUCUGAAUUCAAGACAUGCUUACUAUGUGGGGCUGUUAGACCCCGAGGGGAAAAAUCAGUGGCAAUGGGUUGAUCACACACCAUUCAACAACCGAAGUGCUACAUUCUGGAACCCAGGUGAACCCAAUAAUUUUAAUGAUCGUUGUGUUAUUCUACUUAGAACAAGAAGCAGAAACAAAUGGGGCUGGAAUAAUGUCAAUUGUGGUGAAACUCACAUGUCAAUUUGCAAGAUGACAAAGAUCUACUUAUAA